AGCGGCGAGGUUGCGGGCGAGCUUCGCCGAGCCCAGGAGCUGAGGAGCGGGCAGCGCGGCGCGGCCAGAGCCCGGAGCGGCCCCGCGCCCCGAGCGCACCAGAGCGGCCGAGGCGCUCCCCGCGCAACCCGGGCCGCAGACUCUGACCCAGGAGAGACGUCUGGAGCACUUUGGGAACUGACCCAUUCCAGGAAGUUAUCAGGGUGACCUUGAUCCGCAAAACUGCUGUCCGCGUGGACCGGGGCUGACUUCACACGUCCACCUGCCAGGACCCCUGUACCCAAACCCCGAGACAUGGCGACCAACGGCAGCAAGGUGGCCGAUGGGCAGAUCUCCACUGAGGUCAGUGAGGCCCCUGUGGCCAAUGACAAGCCCAAGACCCUGGUGGUCAAGGUGCAGAAGAAGGCGGCUGACCUCCCGGACCGCGACACCUGGAAGGGCCGCUUUGACUUCCUCAUGUCAUGUGUGGGCUAUGCCAUCGGCCUGGGCAACGUCUGGAGGUUCCCUUACCUGUGUGGGAAGAACGGAGGCGGGGCCUUCCUCAUCCCUUACUUCCUGACGCUCAUCUUCGCGGGCGUGCCGCUCUUCCUCCUGGAGUGCUCCUUGGGCCAGUACACAUCCAUUGGGGGCCUGGGUGUCUGGAAGCUGGCCCCCAUGUUCAAGGGCGUGGGCCUGGCUGCAGCCGUGCUGUCCUUCUGGCUGAACAUCUACUACAUCGUGAUCAUCUCCUGGGCCAUCUACUACCUGUACAACUCCUUCACCACGACACUGCCCUGGAAACAGUGUGACAACCCCUGGAACACUGACCGCUGCUUCUCCAACUACAGCAUUGUCAACACCACCAACAUGACCAGUGCCGUGGUGGAGUUCUGGGAGCGCAACAUGCAUCAGAUGACAGACGGGCUGGACAAGCCGGGUCAGAUCCGUUGGCCGCUGGCCAUCACCCUGGCCAUCGCCUGGGUUCUGGUGUAUUUCUGCAUCUGGAAAGGUGUCGGAUGGACUGGAAAGGUGGUCUAUUUCUCAGCCACAUACCCCUACGUCAUGCUCAUCAUUCUCUUCUUCCGUGGAGUCACGCUGCCUGGCGCCAAGGAGGGCAUCCUGUUCUAUGUCACACCUAACUUCCGCAAGCUGUCUGACUCGGAGGUGUGGCUGGAUGCGGCGACUCAGAUCUUCUUCUCCUACGGGCUGGGCCUAGGGUCCCUCAUCGCCCUGGGCAGCUACAAUUCGUUCCACAACAAUGUGUACAGGGACUCCAUCAUCGUCUGCUGCAUCAACUCCUGCACCAGCAUGUUUGCAGGCUUUGUCAUCUUCUCCAUCGUGGGCUUCAUGGCCCAUGUCACCAAGCGGUCCAUUGCUGACGUGGCAGCCUCAGGCCCAGGGCUGGCGUUCCUGGCAUACCCAGAGGCGGUGACUCAGCUGCCCAUCUCUCCACUCUGGGCCAUCCUCUUCUUCUCCAUGCUGCUCAUGUUGGGCAUUGACAGCCAGUUCUGCACUGUGGAGGGCUUCAUCACGGCCCUAGUGGACGAGUACCCGAGGCUCCUCCGCAACCGCCGGGAGCUCUUCAUUGCCGCCGUCUGCAUCGUCUCCUACUUGAUCGGCCUCUCCAACAUCACCCAGGGGGGCAUCUAUGUCUUCAAACUUUUUGACUACUACUCUGCCAGCGGCAUGAGCCUGCUGUUCCUGGUGUUCUUCGAAUGUGUCUCCAUUUCCUGGUUUUACGGCGUGAACCGGUUCUACGACAACAUCCAGGAGAUGGUGGGCUCCAGGCCCUGCAUCUGGUGGAAACUGUGCUGGUCUUUCUUCACCCCCAUCAUCGUGGCGGGUGUGUUCCUGUUCAGCGCCGUGCAGAUGACUCCGCUCACCAUGGGGAGCUACGUGUUCCCCAAGUGGGGCCAGGGAGUGGGCUGGCUCAUGGCACUGUCUUCCAUGGUCCUCAUUCCCGGCUACAUGGCCUAUAUGUUCCUCACCUUGAAGGGUUCCCUGAAGCAGCGCAUCCAGGUCAUGAUUCAGCCCAGCGAGGACAUUGUCCGUCCGGAGAAUGGACCCGAGCAGCCCCAGGCCGGAAGCUCCGCCAGCAAGGAGGCCUACAUCUAGUGGUGUGGGCCGCCCGCCGAGAGCCACUCUCACCUGACCUGGCGAGUGUGACCGUCACCUGAUGUCUGAGGAUCCCUUCUCUUUGAACCUACCUCGGGUGGCGAGACCAGACCCAUCACCAUGCACACAGGGGAGGUGGGGGCACAGCCAAACCCGGGGAGACGGGAGACUGCCCUGGGCUUCCAGCAGCCAGCGGGCUGGCAACAUUUCCCUUUGGGCCCCAUGAGCAUCAAGCAGCUGUGUUGCACCUGCCAUGGCCACAUCCUUCCUAUCCUGCCAGCAAGUAUGCCCAGCAGGCCACCCACUGCUGGCUUCCAGUGUUUUCCUGACUGUUCUCUUCCUGCCAUGACCCAUGACUGUUAUCUUGGACUUUGCAGUAAUGGUUGGAUCCCCAGAACGCUGCCAUGCAUGUGUGUGCAGGGGUGUGAGGCACACUGGCCAUCUGCUCACUGGGCCCCCUUGUCCAGCUUCCCCUUUCUGAUCUCUGCUUCCCGAGGCAGCUGCUCAGGGCAGCCUCCCACGGGCCUCAGUUGGGGGCCUGCUGCUGCUGCUCGCCUGUGGAUUGAUGACUGAAUGAGCCACACCUCUGCAGCUUGGUGCUCCCGCUCUUCCUCCCAGGAGCUCUGCUGGUUGGAAAAGGGCCCCAAGCACAGUCAGUUUCUGUGGAUUCUCAUUCCAGGAUUCUCUUGGGGAAUUCUGCUACUCUUAAGCUGCCCAGUUUUGCAGAGCACAAAGCAGCUGCGGAGGAAGUCCGGGGAAGGGGUCUGCCCAGCCGUUGGGGUUUGCCUCUUUGUCCUUGGGCUUCUGUGAACCCAUCAGACUCACUGCCAGCCCGUGGCAGGCCACUGCCUC